CAGGACGACAACUAAUGACAAAACUCCACAGCCCGUCUGUUUGCAGCAGCAGUAGUGUGGGAGUAUCCAAACUACGACUAUCACCUUGACAAAUAACAACGCAGUCUGCACAGUGCAGGUCAAAGACAGAGUACUUUUGUUCAUUUGUCUCUAAAUGGAGUUAAAAACCAACCUGCUGCUUCUGGACCAACACUGAAGGCUAAACAAGGUGAAGUCAUACAGGGUCGCAUGUGGGUUGCCAGAUUAGAUAUACAAAAGUACAGAAAGACUCCUGUGUGCUCCUGUAGCCUGAAGCUGCAGCUCUAAAGGAACUGGCUCAACAAGUCAGUCAUUCCUACCAACUGUUUUCAGGACAUUCAAGAUCUCUUUCAGGAUUAAAUCAAAGAGUGUGGUGAUGCUUUACUGUUAAAACAACAUGAGCAAGAAAUACACAAACGUGACUGAGGUGGAGGACCACAUCUCUCUGAAGUAUGAAAUCAGGAAGAGACUUGGAAAAGGGGCUUAUGGCAUUGUAUGGAAAGCAGUUGACAGACAGACGGGUGAGAUUGUAGCUGUGAAGAAGAUCUUUGACGCCUUCAGGAACAGGACAGAUGCCCAGCGGACAUUCAGGGAAAUCAUGUUCCUCCAGGAGUUUGGCGAUCAUCCCAACAUCGUCCAGCUUCUAAAUGUCAUCCGAGCUCAUAAUGAUAAAGACAUUUACCUCAUCUUUGAAUAUAUGGAUACCGACCUGCAUGCAGUGAUAAAGAAAGGCACCCUACUGAAGGACAUCCACAAACGUUAUGUGAUGUACCAGCUCUUCAAAGCCAUCAAAUACCUGCAUUCAGGAAAUGUUAUCCACAGGGACCAAAAGCCGUCCAACGUGCUGCUGGACACCGACUGUGUAGUCAAGCUGUGUGAUUUCGGCUUGGCCAGGUCGCUCAAUCAGAUCCAAGAGGACAGCGGGAAUCCAGCGCUGACGGAGUACGUGGCGACGCGGUGGUACCGAGCUCCUGAGAUCCUGCUGGGAUCCUCGAGGUACACUAAAGGUGUGGACAUGUGGAGCAUUGGCUGUAUCCUGGGAGAGAUGCUGCUGGGAAAAGCCCUGUUCCCUGGGACCUCCACUAUCAACCAAAUAGAGAAGAUCAUGAGCGCCAUACCACACCCCAGCCCAGAAGAUAUUCUCGCAAUCAAGUCUGAAUAUGGAUCCUCUGUCAUUCAGAGAAUGUUACUGAAACCACAGGUGCCUUUGGAGGAUCUCCUCCAGCUGUCUGUGCCUCCAGAUGCUCUGGAUCUGUUGAGAGGUUUACUAGUUUUCAACCCAGACAAGCGGCUGUCUGCUGAGCAAGCCCUCCAACACCCAUAUGUUGCCAGGUUUCAUAAUCCAGCCAAGGAGCCAGCUCUUAACUAUGAUGUAGUGCUGCCAGUGGAUGAUGAUGUACAGUUAUCUGUGGUUCAGUACCGCAACAAACUUUAUGAGAUGAUGCUGGAGAGGAGAACUAAUCAGGGGAUGCUCAAGCUGAUCCAGCGUCCCAAUGGAGACUGUGUCAGUAGCGUUGAGAAGCCCAGUGUGAGGGAUAAAGUUGAGAAGGGCCCAGUGGCAGCGAGUGGGGACGAUGAAGAACAUGAGGGGAAAACACAACAUGAGAAGACUGAAGAGACAAACCACGGGUCUUCACAUACAGGCGUCACGAAACCUGGGCCUGUGAAUGUGUCAACUCUGCCUGCUGUGGAGAAGACGAGUCCAUUAUCCAGCCCUUGCUUGGAAAAACUCACUUAUAACCCCAUCACACAUGCCCCAAACGGUUUUGUUCGUCCAGCUGUUCCUCCUCAUUACUGUGCCUCCACUGCAGCCAGCAGGAAACUAAUGGGACAGACCAGUAAUGGAAGUGCAACAACAUCACCAACAGAGGGCGCCAACACUAAUGUAUCCAUGGAACAGAUUCUCCAGCGUGGUCGCUCAGCCCCUCCGGCCCAUAACCGCUCCUUCUCCUUGACCCUAAACCAAACCCAGAACAACCCGUUGGUUCGCAAGGAUGAGUCAUCCCUAUCCUCUGGUCUAUGUGUCACAUCUGCACGCCUGAACCAGCGCUCCACCCCUCAGGUUCGUGAGGUUCGUGAGGCUCGGCCACCGACACGGUUCAGCAAGAAAGUCUUUCAGAGCAAUUGUAAUGUGGCAGCUGCAGGCGACCCUCGAGCCAAACUGGGCAGCUAUUCCCAGGCCUAUGGUACCAUCAACAAGACUGAACUGGACAAUCUGCUUCGAAGCCGCCCUUACAACCAGUAGCUGCUGUCAUGUCAGUGGUUACAUUGGGGUCGGGUGACAUUUGCCUUGCACUAGGAUGUUAGUCACGUUGGAAACUGAAAGAGAAACUGUGAAGACUGUUACACCGCUUGUAUAUUAGAUUGUAUCCAUGGAGACGUGUCUGUCGCUGUCUGUGACAAUGAAUGCAUAUUUGUAAAAAUCCAGCGUGACUUCAUUUUACAUUUAUCAAAUUGUACCAGCAAUUCAUGAAAAUAUGUAUUCUCACUGGAUAACCAGACAAACUCCAGACCUUCAGGGUCCAUUUUAUGUGUCAGUAGGUUUGUGGUAAUUUACAAAUAUCUUUGGGAAUAUGCACCUUUUUAGCACAUUGUCAGCUGAAAUGCUGACUUGUCUACCUGUAGGUCUGUAGAGAGACUGUGCCAACAUUCACAUGCUAAAUAUUCCUAAAUACUUUUGUAUUUUAAAUAAGUAUCACAAACAGUGACCCCCUGCUGAUAGGGGCCCACUACAGGGUCAUACCAGCCAUGAUUUUUCAUGUUGAUCUAGCUAAUGACCUAUAUGCUCAAUGGUUUAUGCACAUCGAGCCAGUUGGUUUCAGAUGGACACAGAAUAACUGUAAAAUAUGCAAAUAUUUGAAUUGAAUAUGCAACAAGGAAUUAUUUUUAAAGCAAUAACUUGUUCCUCUAAUUUGUACAGAAAUAAAAUGAUAAGUUGUUCUUGAA